GUAAUGUUAUUCCCAUUGUGAACCUGGCUGUGAACAAAUAAUCGAUUCUGCUUUGAGUCUGCUUUAACAUCGUGAGAUGUAGCCACUGGAAACACGGAACCUUUCCCAUUUUUUUUCAAACUUUUAAAACUGACCGGAAAUCAAGAAUUUUUUCUUCAUUAUUUUAUUUUCAUUGUUUUUCCCGAGGACACAAAGCCCUGCUGGUUUCUCCCCCUGUGUUUUCAUCAGCAUGGACAUGUACGGCUAUAGCGGGGUCCUCUUGGUCAGGAGAUUCCUGGACAAUGUUCCGCUGGAUAUCAACAUGUCUGACAUUAACAGGGCGAGUCCCCGCGGCUGCGACAACGGGGCUCUGACGGACCGGUUCGGGGUUCUGAUCCAGGGACUGCUGGCGGUGGUCGCCUUCAGCACGCUCAUGUUAAAGAGGUUCAGGGAACCUGCACGGAUACGUCGGCCAUGGAGGAUCUGGUUUUUUGAUACGUCCAAACAGGCCAUUGGUGCUUUAUUCAUCCACUUUGCUAAUGUCUUCCUGUCAACGCUCACCAAAGAAGACCCAUGCUCUCUAUACCUGAUGAAUUUUCUUCUGGAUGCCACUCUGGGGAUGCUGGUCAUCUGGCUAGCUGUGAAGUUGGUGUCCAAGCUGGUGGAGCACAAGCAGUGGACCCUGCUCAUGUUUGGAGAAUACGGUGACCCUCCCCAGGCAGCAGCGUGGCUGGGCCAGGGCGGCGUCUACCUGCUCAUCAUGGUGCUGGAGAAAGGUGUGAUCAGCUUGGUGCUGCUCGUCCCCGGAUGGUCCCAGCUGCAGGAGGUGCUGCUGAGCUACAUCUCUAACCCGCAGCUGGAGCUGGCGCUUGUCAUGCUCAUCGUGCCCUUCAUCGUUAACUCCAUCAUGUUCUGGGUGGUGGACAGCCUGACGAUGAGGAAGUACAAGACGAUGAAGAGCCUGGACGAUUCCUGUGACGCCUCGAGGAGGCAGUCCGACUCUCUGCCGCCGGGGAGCGACGACGAGUCACGGGUCCUGCUGAGCGCGGAAACGGACACAGAGGACGAGGGGGACCCGGACGACGUCGGACCCGUCCACGUCCAGUAUUCGAGUGGACCGCUGAGACCGAGCUGGGUGGUGGUGUAAACCCAGGUGACCUGAGAUCCCACUGUGAGCUCAUAAAAAAGCUUAAAUUUAAGCACAAAACGGGUCUUAAUUUCAACCUCUUCACAAGCAAGGGCACACGUAUAAGUCAUAUAGACAAACAGCCUUAGGUGCCUUCAUCUGCACUGAAGGUCUGAGUAUCUUUAUCUGCUAUAUGCAUGUGUUUAACCUCUCGUCUUUCUGCCUCAUUUUGCUGCGAGAGAACAUCAGAGUCACCAUGACUGAAUGUGGCAACGUGUUCAUGUGGAGAGAGAUCGUUAACAAGUGCAAUGCCUUCAGGGCAAAACCUGUGGGAGGUAACGACGACUUUGGGGACUUUUGGGAAAGAUGUUGCUAUAAAGGAGAGUUACUUAUUAUGUAUCAUAUUCCAAAGAGGAGCUCUAGAUUGAAGUAUAUAGUAUAUAUUCAUGUAUAUAAAGGUGCCCUCUUCAAGGUCUUACUCGCUCAGAUAUAAUCACUUAAAAUCCAGCUUUUAAGUUGUAAUCAAAGUCAUUCCUGUGUGACUGCUUCCUUUAAAGUUGGAGGGAUGAUCACUAGGCACACGUGUGGAAUCUGGAGCUGCUCCAGGCCUCGCAGAUCAGACGUUUUUAGUGGGUUUAAUCACAAAACGUUUCCGUUCACUGCAACAGUUUCAAGCCCUGGACACAAAGAACGAGGUCACUCUACAUUUAUGAUGUUGGCUGAAUAUGGUUGAGCAUAUUUUGACCGUGAAGAAUGAAGACGAGGUUGUAGAAGGGUGUAACGGAAACCAUAUUGACAGAGAAAUAAUUGAAAAUAGCAGAAAAUCUUGCCAAGAUUUAAGGAUGGGCCGAGGGCGUAAUUGAGCCAAUUAUAGGUCACCAGAAAAUAUUCCAAACGGAAGGGUGAUAUUCUCUGGAAAAACAGAAUUGCUAGGAUUAAAGCCUGUUAUUGGCAAUAAACAAGAAGAAGACAAUCUCAGAUUCAACUCAAAACAAUUUAAGAAAGAAGUAAGGGAUGUUUCACAUUGCUCCACUUUUCACAGGUUGAUAAAAUUCCUUGCACCGGGUGCCAGUAAACAAGCAAUACCUCAUUGUCCCGGAAAUGCCAUUUGAAUUGCUCUAACAUGUAAUGACGAACAUUUUCUAGCACGUUUUUCAGAAUUCUGUGUUUCACCUCCUACAGGGGAGCUAGCGUAAGAGUAUUAUGUUGGCCUUAUCACACUAGACUUAAUCCUCUGCUUUUACUUUCCUGCUGCUCUGCUGCAGCUCACCAUAUCCAGCUUGCAUUUGAAUAAACCCAGUUUGAAUAUUUUCUCCCUUCCUUUAAUCAUUUUUCUCCUUUUCAAUAUUAACUUUGAUUUACUCUCUUAGGAAAGUGUUGGCCUUGUUAGUAACAGUUGCCAGUUACAACCAUAUGAAUAUCAACCUGGCCGUCCAUCCUGAUCAAACACAGGAUUCAGUACAAACAGGCUCAGAACAAAUAGCUUCUGGAUGCCAUUAGAUAGGAAUACAACCAAUUAGAGAAAAAAGAAUGUGACAAAACUAAUAACAACAGUGGUCUGGAUGCAUAAACCCCAUCCCUGCCAGGUUGUGAUUGGUUCCUUACAAUCUAGAGCCAAACUCUAUGAAGGCUGUAACAUAUUUUCCACUCUUGCCUAAACUACUUUUUUUUUUUUUAUCCUGACUAUUGGAACUUUUCAAUAUUAUAAUCAUUUUUGUUAAAAACUAUUUUAGCAGUAGCUUUUCCUCUACAAAAGGCCCAGAAACUAAGUUUUAGUAAUCUUCUCAGUACCAUACAACAGCAUUGUGUUAAACAUGGCAACUAAUGACUCGUAUUUAUUCCUUUAAUAAGUCAUAUGCAUUUUUGACUUAAUACUGUAUAUUGUGGUCCAGUCUGAGGUAAAUACGUUGGAAAGAAGGUCUAGUUUUGAGUCACUGAUCUGUUGGUGGUAAAUAUGUUAUGAGUAUGAUGUAAAGGUAGCAGUCGUUGGGAUUUUUACAGCAAUCUUCUGUUUUUUUACUAAAACAUUUAAAUGUAACUGUUUAUAUGUGAUUUAAAAGUUUAAAGGUCUACUUAUAUCUGUUAUUUUGAAUGUAUAUUUAAAUGCAUCUCAUGUAUUUUUUUUUUUAACAACCCAAAUUAUGACCAUGUGGAUGAAAUAGUGGCGAGUCCUUGAAGGGCCGUUCGCUGCCACGGUGCUUCUUACCGAAUGUAUCUCUUUACUCUGUACUUGAAUAAAGAUGACCGACACAU